AUGGGAAAUUUCAUUCCACUAUUCAUCUUUCUCCUUUUUCAUUUUCAAAGUCUCGUUGCUCAAUUGGCAAACAUACCGGAGAAUUGCAAGAAUGUAAGUAUACACGGUGACAAAACGGGUUGUACAUUGGGAAAACAACUUCACGCAUUUCUUCUAUUGAAUGGAGAUGACGAAGUGGAUAAACAUUUCGAAUUGUUGAAAAGAAUUCUACAACCAUGCAUUAACGCUCAAGGAAACAAUGUUCAAAGUAAGCUUAACUUUGUGACAAUGAAUGGGUCGGUGAUUGUAGACUUUAACAAAUUGACAAGACAGAAUUUUCACUAUGUGGACGCUUCAAAACAAAUCCCCCAAUCGAAAUUGGAGAGCCUAAUGUUGCAAAUUGUUAUUGAUUAUUAUUCGGGCAAAGAAACGCAUCCAGUUGCUUACGUGAUCACCAACAAUCCGUGCAAUAAAUUUCGCGAGUUUUUCCCGGAGACUUACAAUGAUACUGAGUACGUGAAAACCCUUGCUGGAGCGAUGCGAAAAACGGGAUUAAUUCUGAGAUAUCUAUGGACAAAGCCAAAUCUUCUUGACCCAAAAUUGCCGGGUGUUUUGAGUACAUGUGGAAUGAAUUGGAUUCGAGAUAAUGCAAUGGGAUAUUUCGAUUAUGAAAUCAUUGAUCUUGAUGACCCAACUGUUCCCGAGCGUUACGGACUCUGUGGAUCAAAUGGCUUGGAUGCUCCGUUUGCGGAAAAUCCCCACACCGUUACGAAUCCUGAUACAACAACAACAGCCGGCAAGAAAAGCGGCACAAAUCUAUUCCAAGUGAUCGGCAUCAUCGUUGUCGUCCUUGUCAUCUCCAUCUUCGUUUUCUUGAUCAUUCGGAGGCUUUUCUUCCGAAAUUGGGCACCCCGAUUCGUUCGUCGUUGGUUUACCAACGUGUCGGUGAGAUUACUGGGCAGUGCCGGAGUGCAAGAUCAUGUGAUUCGUGACUUUGAGAGCACGAUGCGGAAAAACGACUAUCCAUGCCCCGACGAAGCGCCAAAACCGCCUACAGUUGGAAACGUUUCGCUUCGGCGUAGUGACAAUGGAGGAUAUGAAUAUCCAGUGAUGAGUGAACCAUUUUUGAGCCCAAUGAAACGAGAGGAUUUAUGGGAGAUUGAGCCACUUUCCUUGCAAAUCAGCAACCAGAAGCUGGGUGCUGGCGCCUAUGCUGUUGUGUUUUCGGGCACAUUGCGAGGAGCGCCUCCAGUCACAAAAGUCUUCCCGACAAUGCAGUUAUCCUAUUGCCUAUCAACCGAAUCCAAUGAAGUUGCCGUGAAGCUAACGCACUCGAAUGCAAAAGCAGAUGACUUGAUGGACUUCAUUCAAGAGAUCGAGUUCAUGAAAAAGUUGGAAUAUUGCCCGCAUUUAUUGUCAAUGUUGGGCUGUUCAACUGAUCCAAAAUAUCCAGUGUUGAUCACUGAAUUGUGUGAACGCGGUGAUCUCUUGCAUUUGGUGAGAGAUAUUGAAAACGAGGCAAUCAAUGAAACGGAGAAACUCAAGUUCAACGAGCUUCUCCCAUUGGUUUGGCAAGUUAGCGAUGGAUUGGCUUAUCUGAAAAGUCGUAAGAUCAUUCACCGAGAUGUGGCUGCACGUAAUGUUCUCAUCACUGGGGAAAAUAUGGCUAAAUUAAGCGAUUUUGGUCUUUGUCGUUACAACGAUCAAAUGUUCUACACGACUCGUGGUGGGAAAUUGCCGAUCAAAUGGAUGGCACCCGAGAGUUUUGAAUACGCGAUUUUCACCUCAAAAACCGAUGUUUGGUCAUUUGGCGUUCUCCUUUGGGAGGUUUACUCUUACGGGAAAACCCCGUACACUUCUGUGCAACCCGACGAAAUGUUAAAGCAUUUGAAAGACGGCGGAAGACUCGAGAUUCCGGAAAGGACACCCGAAUGGAUGGUUCCAUUGAUGGCCUCUUGUUGGGCGGAGAAAGCCGAUGAGCGGCCGGACAUCGACACAAUACAGCAAGCCUUUUACUCGAUGAUGGAAGCCGAUGCGGAUAGUUAUGGAUAUUUGCAGUUUAGCAAGAAUUACUAUAAAGUGAGCCCACCGGAUCCAUCCUCUCUACCGGCUCAUACGCCGUCAGCUAAACCAAACGAGUAUGUGAUAUCA